AUGAGGUGCAGGACAUUGCUGCUUCUAGUCUUCAGGUGUGCCCUUCUCUCGAUAAAUGCAAGUGUUUCUUCUGAUCAUAAGAAGGGGGUGGUGGAGAAGGCCAAUCAAGAAAUAGCAUAUCACCCAGGAGGAAGCAACGAAAAGGUCGGGGUGAAGGGAACCCAAGUUGAAUCGGACGGGCUAUCUCUUCGAAGACAUACCGAUGAGGGAGGCUUGGUUGUAUUCCUGGCUCCAAAUCCUCACGAAGAGUGGAGCUUCUCGUACACGUUUACCAAUGCGAGGCUUAGGUUCCCGCAUAUAGGCGGUGUAUAUCUGUGGUAUACCUCCGAUAUUCAGGAUCAGGGUGUCUAUAGGGGAGGCCACGAUCUGUUUGAGGGAAUCAUGGCAGGGAUCGAGUUUAGAGGAUCACAGCCCGAGAUAGUCAUGGCAGUGAACGAUGGAAAAACAAGUUUCAUGGGUUCAGAGGAGAUGACCCUGUACAGAGAUACAAUAAACCCCGAAAGACUCAAGGGGGUGAAAGACAUCACGGUCAAAGUGAUCUCCACAAACAAGAACUUCAAAGUUGAACUAUAUGACGGAGAUAGACUGCUCUACGAUAGCUUUAGAUAUUACCGCAAAGGAACAUUGGCUGGGAUCGGCUCUGGAAAGUAUUUCAACAUCACGUCAUUCUAUGACAAGGCACCUUCGGACAGCGUCUAUAAGCUUAAGGAGGCACAGCUAUUUGAAAGAACAGAAACAAGCGAAUAUGAAGUUCACAGCGUCCAUGCCCCGCCUGUAGACAAGACCCCGAGAUCCCCGGAUGGGAUUAUCCACGAGGACGAGGAGAUAAGACAUCUUAUUUCGAAGAUCGAAUAUCUGAACGAGUAUCUCCACUUGGUGGUCGGCGAGCCCCAUGGCUCAUCGUUCGACAAGGUUGUACACGUUAUUUCGGAGCAGCUUAAAACGCACAUGAAAAAGAUUGAAGAUGCCGUUGCGGCGCUAAGAAGCGGAGGCAGCUCGGAAACGAAGUUUAUGAACCUGAAUGAAAAGAUGAAUGGGGUUGACAUAAAGCUUCAGAAGAUCCAGAAGGCGUUCGCUGACCUGGACCAUGCUGUGAACUCUCUUAAGAACGAUUACAGCCGCAGCUCCAACUUUCUGGUUUACAUAAUUCUGGGGAUUGGGGUUGCAGGAUUUGGAUUCGCUGCAAUGAAAGAAUACAAUGCCCUGAAGUUUAGGCAAAAAGCCCUCUAA